UGACCAGGCAAGUUGAGAUAAUCUAUUGAGUUCAAGCCUCCAUUAGUCUGGCUUUGAUUUUUAGUCUCCUUCUCAUUUCUCCUGUUGUUUUUCAAAAGCUACCAACACUCCAUGUGCAACAUCUUCCCUACCCUUGGUUCUUGUUCCUUUUUUGCAAGGAAAGAAUCUAUCAUUUAUCUAUUUUGAGAGAGAGAGAGAGAGAGGUGCAGUUUUAAUCAUGGAGCUUCUUCUGGCAGUGCAUAUGCAUCAAUCACCUCGGCCCACUUCGCAUUAUUUUGUUCUCUUGAGUCUAGCCUUAUAACCAAUAUUUGAUAUACAUCCCUCCUCCACUUUCUGGUUUCUUUCAAGUGAAAAAGAGGCCUAGUAUCAAAAUUUGGAACCCAAAAAAUGAUCAGUAGUCCAGCAGCUUGCAGCCAGUCUUGGUCCAUCAGUGAGGACUCUCUAAGAAGGUACGUCCAAUUUGCAAGUGAGAGCUGUAUACAGGAGUUAUUGUCGGCUUCAGACUCAAACAAGUUGGGGAAUGCUAAUGAUGGAUGGAAGAUUCUUACCCUUGACAAUGGAGUAGAGAUAUCAAAGCGCAGGUCUGGAUCUCUUCACAUUUUCCGUAGUCGCUGGCUGCUUAGAUCUGUCUCACCCCAACAAUUCAUCACCGUUGCCACUGCUAUAGAUGCUGCCAAGCAAUGGGACCCUGACCUCGUAGAAGCCAGAUACAUAAAAGAUCUUGAAGAUAACUUGAGCAUUAUUCGUCUUAGUUUUGGAGAAAAAUCAAAACCUCUUUUCAGGAAAAGAGAAUUCAUAGUCUACGAGCGACGUGAAACCAUGGAAGAUGGCACUUUGGUUGUAGCAGUGGCCUCACUGCCAAAGGAAAUUGCUGCUGGAUUGCAUCCAAAGCAAAAUGAUGCAAUUAGAGGAUUAUUGCUGCAGUCGGGAUGGGUUGUGGAGCAGCUUGAAGAUAUAAACUCCUGUAUUGUUACUUAUGUUGUUCAGUUAGAUCCUGCAGGAUGGCUUCCCAAGUGCUUUGUGAAUCGGCUUAAUACCAAGCUGGUUAUGAUCAUUGAAAACCUUAGGAAACUGGUUCAAAGUUCAAACUAGUGCAGCACAAUAGUUGUAGUGUGGGAAAAAAAAUAGUGUUUUUAUUUUUUUACUGAUAUAUAAUAUCGAUUAUAAGUUCAUGUUCAACUUCUUAAUCUAUUGCUAUCUCUCACGUUAUCCUUCUAAUUGUAAUUAGUGCAUACUUAAAUGAACUUGUUAAUCUA